UUUAAUAAAUUGAUUUUUCGCUUUAUUCGAUUAUGCGAAAUUUUAAAUAAAAUAGUAAAUAUGAAUCCGAAGGCUCGUGAAAAAAUACUGAAGUCAUGGGCGAGUUUAGGCGAGGUGCAACUCAUCAAGGAGGUCGCAACCAAAGGAGAAAAUAUAGACUUAUGCAUUGAGUAUUGGUCCAAAAAACGCAAAAUCCCAAUACCGGAAUACGAACUAUUUUUCCAUGAUGUCGUGCAGACAUACGUGCAACGUCUGCUAAUCGAACGACUUGUUUACAAGGCCGAAAACGUCCUCCGGAAUGUGCAGCGGGACGUAAAAUGUUUUUACUUUCAAUUUGCGAAUGAAUGUGACAAUGCAGAGCUAAGGGAGUUACUUUUCGACUAUAUGCAAAAGAAAGCCACACACAAUUUUGAGAAAGAAAUGCAGGAUUUACAGCUUAACUGGGAACUGCUGCAGCAAAUCCAAUUAUGCCCAGAAAUCUUAAGCAAAUAUAAACAACUUCAUCAUCCACGCAUUAGUCUUGAAUCACUCGUCACGCUUAACACCUCACUUAAGCAACAACUUAUGGCGGAAUUGUAUUACAACAACAAGAAUCAGAUGCUACUGAAUUACUUGAAUAAGAACGUUUUCUGGAACUUUUUAGUAGACAGCAAAAAUGAAACUGAGCUUAUACGUUGGUAUUGUGCCUAUCGAGAUAUGCAUAAGGACGAAGACUCCUCAAGUCAUGUGACAGUGAAUGGUGAAGAUUUGGUUAUAAUGUAUGGUCAAUGGAUAAUCGAAACGCCUAUGUAUGAGUAUGCAUUAAAAGAAUUGAAGGAGCCAGAUGAAGUGUUACGAAAUUGCUUUGCAAUUGCUGGAUAUUUCUUUCGAGAUGAACGUAAUGGUGAUCCACUAAAAAUGAUAAAACGUAUAUGCACCACAGAAAGUUUUGAAAUUAACAAAGCACAUUUGGAAAAAGUGCAACUGGGUUCCUACCUAUUGGACAAUAAAUACUAUGCACUAUUACUACAAAAUUUUGUAAGCGUACGUGAGUUAGAGGAGCUAUGCGAAGAGAAGCCAGAUGAUCGUCCAUUGUUAGAACUGAUAGUCGAUUUGAAGAAAAAUGAUUUGAAUGAAUUUCACGGUUUUAAAAUGAUUGUACAAUCGACUAGUGCCUAUCUGGAGCAGAAUGGUAUUGAUGUAGAAUGUGAACAACCGCUAGCAACAUUCUAUGAGUUCCUUUGUAAUGAACCUACAAUUGCUUCCUUGCAAUGUUUCUUACUAUCGAAUUCUUUACAAAUUCCAUAUUUAAAUUCACUGCGGCAACGAUUUAAGAACUGUGGUAUUGAAGCUACUAUUAACAUACCAAGUCCCUUUGAGUUUUUGCAAAAAUUUAAAAAUAUUAAUUUUAAAGAAAUUUGUUAUGAUGUCAAUGAAGUAGUUUCCUUCUCGAAUGAACGCCUAUGCCAAAAAUAUGCACCCAAGUAUCAGUUGAACUUCCUGCAUUAUGUUAAACAACAUCGUAGCGCAUAUGCCGUGUACUAUUUGCUCACAAAUCAGCUGCAACAUUACGCACAAAUUACCAAAAGUCAGUUGUUCCGAGCUUGUGAGAGUGUGACGAAGCUAGCACUGCAACAUAUGUCCGAUGCUGAUCUGGUAGCGCAUUGUGUAGGUUUCAUAGAAAUGUUGGGUUUUGAUACACAGCAUUUGCGUUGUGUGAUAAAACUUUGUCAUUUCAUUGAAUCAGACUGCAUACCACACUAUGAGGAACUAAUCAAAAAGGUGGAAUAUAAACUAACCAAACAAUUGGAAGCAAAUAACACAGAAUUUCCAAUUACUGGCUAUCAAGCUUUAAUGCAUAUUGUAAACUGCAAUCAGCAACGUUAUUGGCCAACAGAGAUAUUGCAACAAUAUGCCAAUAAUAAUGAUUGGUGGCGUAUACUCAUACUAAUACAGUAUUUCGAAAUUCCGCUGGAUCAAAUAAAACUAUUAAAAGAAGCAUUCGAAUCCAAAACAAUGGGUGAACAUUUACUACGGUCUCUGUCCAAUGAUCGCCCUACCACAAAACGGAAAAAUAGUAUAUGCAGAUUAAAAAAGCAAACAAAGACAGGAAAUGCUCAAACUCACACAUCCGACGAAACUCUUACUUCAUCUGUAGUGUCAUGCACUGAUGGCAAUAUAUGGUCGCUGCCCUCUAAUAUGGAAAGCUUGAAGUAUUUAUUGGAUACAACCGAUAGACCAGAUAUUUUUGCAUUGAUUUUAUUAAGCACUACAUCUAUACCAGAAAACUUGAUUUCCAAACACAUGAAAUUUAUAGAAAUAAUGAUAGACAAAAAUAUCUAUGAUACCUCAACGAAUCUAUUGAAGAACAGCAUUAAGUAUGGUUCACCCAUGUUAGCCCUAUUAUCUGCCAUGGUGUCUACUACCAACCUGGGUUGGUGUUGGUUUGUUUGGGUUAUCGUAUCAACGGGACAAUGGCUUGACAUAGCUCCUUUAACUCACAAAGAUACAAAUGAACUGUUUUGGCACACUUUAGAGAGUACAGUGCGUUCGGGUUACACUACCACAUUAUACCAAAGUUUUUACGUAUUUUUUGAGGACAAUCCUAUGCAACAAUUCUUUAAUUUUCUCUCUAUAACACAAAAAUUGCGGGACUUCAGCGCAGAAACAGUGCAUGAACUGCGUUUGUUUUUGUUAGCAUGGAGUAAUGAGGAAAUUGAGUUGCCACUGAGCAUAGCACCAAAGAAGGAUGAACUGAUAUUGCGCUGCACAAAAUUACUUUUAAUACACCUGGAACAUAAUUUCGAUUCCAGUUUAGAUCAGCAAAAAUUUUUAAAUUGCAUUUGUAGUUCGGAUAUGAGCGAUAUAUCCAGUUUACUGGACUUCUGUUUAUUAAGCAAAGUAUUUGAUAUAUUACAGUCGACCAAGAAUUACAGUUCGUUAUGUGCUCUGCUUAAUUUUGAACAUUUAUUAAAAGAAGGCAUUGCGGUUUACAGACAGCUUCUAAAAGCGCUCCUGGCGGAAAAAGAAUUUGAUUUAGCUGUGCGAUUAGCGACGUUACUACACUUGCCCAUAAGUGAUAUUAUUUAUUCGAAGUGGGUUGAAAACGCAGACAAUGAUAAUUUAAAAAUAAUUCCACUUCAACAAUACGAAAAUGAAAUUGCUGAACAUGCAAUACCACCCAGUGUACUGGUGAAUUUCUUUCUCUAUGUCGCUUCACGUAUUGAAACAAAUCAUGCUUGCAAGUACGAGUUACUCAAAAAUGCACUUAAUGUUAUUAAGAGACAUCAUCUUUUUCCAAAUGAAUCAUUUGAUCGCGAUGAAAUAGAAUAUGAUAUGGUUAUUUGCUACUUACAUAUAGAAAGUUCGAAAACAGUGGAAAAUCUUGAAAUUUAUCACUCCGAAUAUUUCGAGGAAAUUAUGUUAAAAGAACGUUGUGUUCUCUACAAGUCAUUUCUCGAACUUAAAGAAUUGGCAGGUAUUGAGGAUCUUAAUGUUCAUACCAAAAAGGAGUUAAGUGAAGAAUUGCAGUCGAAAUUGAUUGAACUUAUAUAUCGUCUAUUAGAUGAGGGCGAUAUUGUAGAAGCAUUACGUAUACAAGAAUUAUUCAAAUGCCGUCCGAUUGACUUACGUUUUGUUGUAUUUUGUAUGGCACUAGCGGAAGGAAUAACAACAAUAUUCAAUAUGGUACCUGAAGAACGUCAAUUGUUAAGCGAUAUUGAGAAAAGUUCAUUUGCAAAGUUUAAUAAGCGAACUUUAGAAGAUUCUCCAUCUUCGAUUCAAUCAAUCAUUGACUUUUCUGACAGCGAUUCAACAUUAGAAUUCGAGGAAAUACCCUCCAAACAUAAACGUGAUACAUUAGAAACCAUACAAGGAAUUGCCUCUAAACUUAAGCACGGUGUGGACAUGGCCAAACGUGUUGUAAUGGUUUAUCGAGCUGCAAUGUACUUGGACAAAGAAUAUUUGGAUAUUUUACGAACCAAAGAUGCUAAUGUCUUAUUAAAAAGUGUCACAGCAGAAGAAUGCAUGCAUCGUCUGUUAGUUGUUAGUGAUAUCUUAAACUCUACACAAAUGACACCACAAGAGAUUGCAGAUUUAUUGGCUUUUGAAAUAGCAACGGCUAUAGUAAGACCACGAUUUUAUAUUUUUAGUGCUGAUCAGCACUCAAAAAAUAGUUUUAAAAAUGCAGAAUUAUGGGGUUAUAACAUAGAUCGUGAUUUUCAUCUCUUCUUGGAACUCACUUCCAACACAACAAAACUAGGCAAUUGUUUGUUGGACUACUGUGAUGCUUUAAAAACGUAUCGUAAAUUUCAGGAUAACAAACCCUAUGAACAUAAUGCUGUCUUUGAAAAAUUACUAGAAAUAAUAGCGCUUUAUGGUCUACCUGUACCAACCACACUGCCAACAUCGACGUCAAAUGAACCACCACAAGUAUUAUCACAUAAAAAACAGAAUCUCAUAUAUGUUGAACUUUUGAUCAAAGCACAUCAAUGCUUUGUUAAUGAGUGUUCCAUGGAAGGCAUUGCAAAUGUGUUAAAUCGUGCAAAAGCUUUAAAUGUAAUCUUAACAAAAGCGAAGUCUUGGUCAUUAAUAGUCCGUAUGUUAAUUGGUAUUGCACGUUAUCGUGAAAUGUUUUAUUGUUUCAAUUCUUUGAUUGAAAAUGAACAAUUUGAGUCUCUGUUGGGUCAGUUUGAUAAGGAAAAAACUGUUGCAUUGCGUCAGGCGAUUGUUGUGUAUUUGCGUGAAUAUUGUCCAACGAACUCUAGAGAACUUUUUAAACUCGCUGCUUUGCAUUUUCUUAUGCACAAAGAUCUUGCGGAAAUGUGGGAACAAGAUGCUCAAGCAAUUAUUUCAAACAUACUUACAACUGCAAAGGUGACUGAUCCACAACUAUUGGAACAGACUAGUACAACCAAUUUAUUAGCUAGCAAUGCGAAUACAAAGACAAUUAUACCAAAAUUAUCAAUUGGAACGGAAAUAAUUACUUUACUACACAACGCAUUAGAUAAUUAUACACACGCAGCCGAAAACUAUUUACUGGACAAUAAGUUACUGUCUGCACAGAAAAGUGCUUAUUUAGCCGAAAUGAUAGCAAUGCAAAUAGAUUUAGCCACAAAGGCGCUCAAUAAAACGACAACACCACAUUUGUGCGUUUGUGUUAUAAAUGUACAAAGUCGUGAUGAAUUCCGUGACUUGGUCAAUAUUGAAUUAAGUGUUCCGCAAACUUUAAUAUUGAGCCGAGCAUUAGGAUUCGAUGUCAAUUGGACGGAGGCAAUAUUAUCUCAAUAUGUUAUUUCUAACAAAAAAACCUAUUUAAGCGAUUAUUUAGCUUACUUAGAUUUAAAUGAUGGCAUUAUUACUAAUAUUGUAAAAGGAUAUCAAAUAUAUUUGCAGCAAAACAAAGCCACCAUAGUUAUGGAGGAGAAUCUUGCGCAUUUAAUCGAAUAUGUUAAAUCAAUUACUUUGAAAUAUAAAUUAGCUUCCAUUUUGACAUUAAAGGGAAUCGUAAUGUCCUUAAUUAACGAUCAUACAAUCUAUUAUUUAAGAGACACUAACUUUGGACGUAACGAAAACCAAAAUAUGCCUGAUAUUUAAAUUAAAUUGUGAUAAAUUAUUUUAAUAUAAACAUUUUAUCUAGAAUAACGCAAAAUAUAUAAAUUUUAAUAACGUAUAGUGUAAAUUUAUGGGAAAAGAAAAUG